CUGUCCGUAUUUAAGGUCACGAACCUACAGCCAAUCUUCACUUCUUCAAACUUAACUUACAAAGCAAGAUGUCGAUUUCAACCAUGCGUGUUACUUUGAACAAUGGCAAGACGAUGCCGCUUUUUGGACUUGGGACUUGGCAGAGUUCGUCGGAAGAAGUUAAGACUGCCGUUCGGACAGCUCUGGACGCUGGGUACCGUCUCAUUGAUACGGCAUACAACUAUCUGAACGAGGAAGCAAUAGGCGAGGCCCUAGAUGAGUACUUCAAGGCCGGCAAACUGAAGAGGGAAGACAUUUUCGUCUGUACGAAGCUUGCCACUAUUUACACGAGGCCUGGCGAUGUCGCGUUAUCUAUGUCGCAGAGUCUAAAGAAACUGAAGCUCACCUAUGUUGAUCUGUUCCUGAUACAUAGCCCUAUGGCAUGUCGGGUUCCUGAGGAUCCCAAUACUGUGUUUCCAGUAAAAGAUGGAAAACUUGAUGCUGAAGAGAGAGUGGACUUUGAAGGUGUCUGGAAAGAAAUGGAAAAACUCGUCGACCAGGGAAAAACUAAAAGUAUUGGCAUAUCAAACUUCAACGCCGCACAGUUAGAGAGGGUCCGGAAAGUCGCGCGUGUUAUGCCAGUAACGAAUCAGGUGGAGUGCCACGCCUACUUUCAACAGACAAAACUUGAGGAAUACAUGAAGAAAUAUAACAUGCAAAUAAUGGCUUACAGUCCUAUUGGAUCUCCCGGAGGACAAACUUCACGAUUCGUUACCGAUAAGUCUGACACCCAAGUGUUGUUGAACGAUCCUGUGAUUGGGAAACUUGCCACGAAGUACAAUAAAACCCCAGCUCAGAUCCUUCUCCGGAAUUUACUCCAAAGGAAUAUUAUAGUGAUCCCAAAGAGCGUUACACCAAGUAGGAUUCAACAAAACGGAAAUGUCUUCGACUUUAAAUUGUCGCCUGAGGACAUGACGACUAUUGCAGGAAUCGACAAAGCAGUUCGAAUGUUUAAGGCGGAAAUAACGGCACAUCUCUACGACUAUCCAUUCAAUGCUGAUUCGGCCAUCUGCAUUUUUAAGAAGAUUGACACAAGUGGAUUUCUUGAAUACUGGAGAUUCCUAAAUACCUACUAUAUCGAGAGCAAGAUGUCAAUUUCGACCUUGUGUGUUACGUUAAACAAUGGCAAGACGAUGCCACUUUUUGGACUUGGGACUUGGCAGAGUAAGCCAGAAGAAGUAAAGACGGCCGUUCGGACGGCUCUGGACGCUGGGUACCGCCUCAUCGAUACGGCAUACAGCUAUCUGAACGAAGAAGCAAUAGGCGAGGCCCUAGAUGAGUACUUCAAGGCCGGCAAACUGAAGAGAGAAGACAUUUUCAUCUGUACAAAGCUUGCCAGUAUUUAUACGAGACCUGCCGAUGUAGAUUUAUCUUUGACACAGAGUCUAAAGAAACUGAAGCUCACCUAUGUUGAUCUAUUCCUGAUACAUACCCCUAUGGCAUGUCGGGUCCCUGAGGAUCCCAAUAACGUGUUCCCAAUAAAAGAUGGAAAACUUGAUACUGAAGAGAGAGUGGACAUUGAAGGUGUCUGGAAGGAAAUGGAAAAACUCGUCGACCAGGGAAAAACUAAAAGUAUUGGCAUAUCAAACUUCAACGCCGCACAGUUAGAGAGGGUCAGGAAAGUCGCGCGUGUUAUGCCAGUAACGAAUCAGGUGGAGUGCCACGCCUACUUCCCACAGACAAAACUUGAGGAAUACAUGAAGCCGUAUAACAUGCCAAUAAUGGCUUACGGUCCUAUUGGAUCUCCUGGAAGAGAAGGUUCACACGUAGCUAUGGAUGAGACUGGCAUCCCAGAGUUGUUGAAUGAUCCUGUGAUUGGGAAACUCGCCACGAAGUACAAUAAAACACCAGCUCAGAUCCUUCUCCGGAACUUACUCCAAAGGAAUAUUAUAGUGAUCCCAAAGAGCGUUACACCAAGCAGGAUUCAACAAAACGGAAAUGUGUUCGACUUUGAAUUAUCGCCUGAGGACAUGACGGUUAUUACAGGAAUCAACAAAGGAGUUCGAAUGUUUAGAGUGGAAGCAUUGAUAAAUCUCUACGACUAUCCAUUCAAUGAUGAUGUUUAGAGGCUGCUUCCACACUUUAAACACGGAUAGAGCACAUGAAUGUGAUAGAUAAAUAAAUUCAUCAGUGAAAAACGAUUUGCGUUUAAAGAAAGUUUACUAAUGAAACAGGCGUGAUAAGAUAAGGUCAUAGGAAAGAUGAAAUUUCAUGAUGAAUAUUUUUUACACAUUAUCUACUCGGUAGGCGAUGUGACACCUGGAAUUUUUUUUAUGAUAUACAGGUACGUGUACCUAUCAGGAGAUACAGUAGUUCGUAUUCCAUAUACUCAUGUUUCGUGGAUCUGAACAGAAAAUGUCGGUGUGUACUCACUUAUCUCCCCUGGUUAAUGGAGCCAUCUUGUUGUGGGAUAGGAACUUAAUAAACGAACGAAAACAGAGACUUAUAUGGUAAAGAUCUGGACCCAUCUAUCGAGCGGAAUACACCAGGGGAGUGUACUCGGGACUGAGUACUUCCCUUUCAGUAUUAUCGACCUUCCGAUAGAAGUACGGUGUGUAUCAAGUGUAAUCUAAAGAAAAACGGUUAGAAACCGUAUCAGCCUGAUUUUGCUACUCGCGAACCUUGCUUUAGGCAUGCAAUUAUUAUGUGGCAAUUUUGGAAAAAAAUAUAUGUGAAAAUGCAUUUUCUGGAGAACAUAAUUGACACGUUUGGACACAUGUUGUGUUGUCUUAAUAUAUAUUGAAAUACAUAACCCAAACAACUUCAGUGACCGCUAUAACAGAACUACUUUCUUUAGUUGACUGUGUUCAUACGCCUGUCGAGACUAAAUGGAUACGGACAAGUAUUGUUCCGGAAUUAAAAAUACUAAUAAUUCAAUAUACUACAUCUCUUCCCUCCUAAUUAUGAAGAUAUCUCAAACACCGGAUUACUAUUAAUAUUUACUAGUUUGCAUUACAACCUAAUGAAUCAAUGUUACAUGUACUAACCCAUGUCUUUGUUUAAAUUGUCUUUCAGAAGUAAAUAAAAAUUUUAACAUAUAG